AUGGCGAGCAAGACCGUCAGCCAGAUUCUCCGGAGGGAGAGAAGCAAGGUUGACCAGAGCAUGCUGAACAGCCUGCUUGCCAUUUUCGACGACGAGAAGUUCAUGAAGGAGAUGGUGGACACUCACGCUCCUGACGAAGGAGACGUUGAUGUCCAGUCUCUCUUCCUUCUCGUCGACAACACCCUCCGUGGAACUGCUGCGAUCGCCGACUCCGUCGUCAACCCUAAGGGCACUCAAGGAUCUGGAAGCCCUGCAUUCAAGCCACCAAAAGAGGGCUUCAAUCCACCCCUAGCAGCAAUCAGCGAAGUGGCUUGUGAGAUCCAACCAUCGGACAAGCUUGCGGAAUCGCUAGCCAUACUGAAGGGGUUACCUGCAAUCACCAAGCCCUCGGACGUGCAAAAGAUCCAAGUGUAUGGAGUUCUGAAUGAAAUGAUCAAGACCACAUUGAGCAUGACCGAGUGCAUCGUGGAGUUCGAGCACGACAACAAAGAUGUUCCUGAGCUGUCCACGGCAAUCGACAUCCCAAGCAGCGUUUAUCAGAUCAUCAUCAGUGUCCUCGCUUGCUCGAUUCAGUUCACCAGCCUCAUCAGCCUCGUUGAUGACUACAAGGGAAAAGAUCUCCCGACCUUUGCUCGGAAAGUGAACAUGAUCCACCACACUAUCAAGAGACAUUACGAAGAUUACAAGCAAAAAAAGGAGGAAAUUAGAGAAUAUCAGAGGCUGCAGCGACUAUUUAAUGCCCCUACUGAUAAUGUGGAGCUCAUCAAGGCCUUGGUUUACACCAAGGACGAUCCUCAGCCACUCUACAUUGGCUCAAAGAAGACCACGUGUUAG